AUGGCCGGACACAACGGGACAAAUGGGACAAACGGGACCCAGCGACACCGUUUCCUGAUUUGGGGUGGCGAUGGCUGGGUUGCGGGACAUCUCAAGGCCUUGCUGGAGAAGCAGGGCAAGGAAACACAUGCGACAACAGUUCGGAUGGAAAACCGUGAGGCCGUCAUCCAGGAACUCGACCGGAUCCGGCCAACACACGUUCUUAACGCAGCUGGCUGCACGGGACGCCCCAACGUCGACUGGUGUGAGGACAACCGGGAGGCCACUAUCAGAUCCAACGUUAUCGGCACGCUGAACCUGGCCGACUGCUGCUUCCUCCAGGGCAUCCACUGUACCGUCUUUGCCACCGGUUGCAUCUACCAGUACGAUGAGACGCAUCCUUGGGACGGGCCGGGCUUCCUCGAGACCGACCCGGCCAACUUUGCUGGCAGUUUCUACUCCAUGACCAAAGCGCAUGUUGAAGAGAUCAUCAAGCAUUACAGCAACUGCUUGAUUCUGCGACUGCGCAUGCCCGUCUCGGACGACUUGCACCCGCGGAACUUCGUGACAAAAAUAUCCAAGUACGAUCAUGUGGUGGACAUCCCAAACAGUAACACCAUCUUGACGGACUUACUCCCGGCAUCAGUGCUGCUGGCUGAACACGGCGAGGUCGGGGUCUACAAUUUCACGAACCCGGGCGCAAUCUCGCACAACGAGGUGCUCGCCUUGUUCCGCGAUAUCGUGCGCCCGUCGUAUACGUGGAAAAACUUUACUCUUGAGCAGCAAGCCAAAGUCAUCAAGGCCGGCCGCAGCAACUGCAAGUUAGACACCACCAAGCUGGUAUCGAAACUGAAGGAAUAUGGCUAUGAACUCCCCGAGGUUCACGAAGCUUACAGAAGGUGCUUUGAGCGAAUGAAGGCUGCAGGUAUCCAGUAA